UUUGGCAAACAGAAGCCAUGUCACUGACCGUUGAGCGCAAUCCUCAAGUUGAGAAGUGGGUCAGCUUGAUUUCGAGGUUUGUGAACGGGCGUUUUGUGAGCUAAACACUGCCAAAAGCUGCUCGCCAAGUUGGGGACUCAGAACAUCGUAUGGCAAAGAAUGAGAUCGAAGGCUCCAGCUUGGAAAGGCACAACCAGUGGCUUCUAGACACCGGGUCCUUCUCGGAUGUGGUGCUGUGGAUGGAAGGGAAGCGAUGGCAGCUGCACAAGAACGUUCUCGCCCGCUCGGCUUUCUUCCGACGGAUGCUGACCGGCAACUGGAGCGAGUCGCGGCACCAGGACAUAAAGCUCACCUGCCAGCAAGGCCUCACAGAGGAUGGCUUCGGGGCUGCCCUUGGCUACCUCUACACCAGCCGCUUCCCAGAGGCCGAGAGCCUGGAGGCUGCCGCCAAUGUUUUGGUGGCAUUGAAGUUCCUCACGCUGGACAAGGCCGUGGAGGACGACUUCCAAGCAUCCAUCGACACAUCCUUGCCUUGCACAGAUUGGCCGACUCUAACCUUUGCAGCUGCUCUCUAUAGGGAGACCAUGCCUGCGCUUUGGAAGGUGGUUCUUUUACGCUUGGCGCAAGAUCCAGCCUGGCUGGUGGAAAACCGCAAGGACAUUCAUCAAGAUGUACUGGCUGCACUGGUUGGUCAUCCUGCCUUACAAGUGUAUCGGGAUAUAUCGAGGUACUGGUUAGCUGUCAAUGUUCUUUGCGAAACCAACCCUUGUAAAAAAGAGGUUGCAGGAGAGAUGGACAAAGCGACGUGCGGUGUCAAAGUGUCAGAGAGGAAUCCCAAGAGGCGGCGAGUUGAGCGCGCUGGACUUGCCGACGAGGGCGCGCGCAAUAAGCUCUUUGCCACUCUGCCCCAGUGGGAUUUGACCAGCUUGCAAGUGUGCAGUAUUCGGCAGCAAGGACUGGUGCCAGAUAGAUUGCUUUUAGACUGGUGGGAAGCUCAGGCCGACUCCCCACACUUUGUCCGUAGAGGCUUCGAAGUGAGGAUAGCAGAGAGUGAUGUGACAACGUCUAUCCCAAGAUCAUGGGCUCACCUUUACUCCAGUUGCCUCGACACCGAUAUCGAACUGGACCUCACAUCAUCCAUUCGGUGCCCUUUCAACCAACAAAUACCCGGCAAGAUGGUUUACUUCGGCGUGUGUACGAAACUUGCCGGCCGCCUGAAGCUCUAUUGCCACCUGGUGCUGCCGCCGAAACGGCGGGACCGGUCCAGGAUGCUGAGUCCUGAAGCUGGUCUUCAGAUCCACACCGGCCAGGGAUCCAAAGCCGUCUUUCAGCAGCUGGGCGAUUCCGGCAGUUGCUCUCUUGGUGGCUUCGAUGUGCAGCCCAACACGGAGAUCUUUGCCUGUGUGAUGACCCCACCAGGCUUGCUUUGAAAGCUUUGGGACAGCUUCAGCCAAGCUGGCGCGCCACACCUGCUGUCAAUCGUCAAUUAAAGAGCGCCCCAUGCGCAGUACCGAAGCCGCAGAAUUCGUGCAUCUCAAUUUGUGCAGGGGGCUGCUGAUGAGAUGCCUUUGCGAGCGCGCGCAUGCCCAGAUC